AUGGAGAAUCAUCCAACGAAGAAACCAAGUGUAAAGAUUCCCCAACGAGUCGAGAAAAUUAACAGAAAACCAAUCACAAAUCCUCCAAAGGGAAAAGCUGUUUCCUUAAAAAGUCUGUUUUUAAUUCCUUCAGAAAAAUCUAAAACUGCUGAACUGUUUGGAUUUCGAAGAUUUGCUAGAAGCUAUUUGAUACCAUCCUCAAAACAACGGGGGAGGGAUUUGACGAAUAAUCCCUAUGAUAGCAUUGCAAAAUUUAGUCCUUCCAAGAAAAGCUACUUUAACUGUAUUAGCGGUCUUCCACCAACAGAAAGAGAAGAGAUAAAUCAUGAAGAAAUAUAUAUUUCUUCGGUUUAUCCAAUUACCAAAGUGGAUAAAUUAGAGGUAAAAGGUGAGUUAUCAGAAUAUAAAAAUAUCAGUGGAGGACCAGAAAAGAUGUAUACUGAAGAUAAUGAUGGGGACAUUGAAAUGGUAUCUUCUAUUUCAUCUUAUCGAAAUUGGGAAAUAUUCUACGAUCGCCGAUCGGUUACAAUUGAAAACAUCCCCACAUAUACAGGUAUGUAUAGUAUACUCAACCAAAUAAGUGGAGGCCCUUUGGAGAAGUUUUGCUAUUAUAGAAAUGAAAAUUCAAGACAAGCAACAUAUACCAUGACGUUAAAUUUUCUGAGCAGCAAUAAUGCUCAGGAUUUUAUGAAGUUUGGGAAAACGAAUUUGUUUAAGGUGAACGGGUUUCAUCUACAACCAAAAUGGAGUAGUGUUGAAGGAAGUGUAUCUUCACAGACAAAUUCAGCAAAAAGUAAAUUAGCAAAAACAGGUUGCAUUUGCAGAUAUAUUAUCUUAAAGAGACAUUCAGGAAAAACAACUUGCACCAAAGUACCAAUUUUGGAAUAUGUCGACAUUCAAGAAAUCAGAAAAGAUUUUGGUUGUUAUGGAGGAAUUGUAGAAAUAACACCAGUUAUUUCAAAAAAGGUUUGCCUCAGUAUUGGUUACUAUGACAUCUACAGUGCUGUAAGAGCAAUGGUGGCUUAUGAAAAUUCAAGUACAGAUCUACAUAAAAAAUAUUUCCAAAGUUGGACUUUAUGGUACGGAAAUGAUAUUUCAGAACGACCAUGUCUUGAAAUAUAA